GGCUUUAUUAUGUUUUACAGCUGGGGAAGCUAAGACUAAAGAAGAUAACUCAUUCAAGGUCAAUCAGCCAGUAAGUAGCAGAAUUGGAACUCAAACCCAGGUCUAGUUUGAUGACAAAGCUGUUCCUUUAAGCAAUUUGCCAUAACAUGCACCUAAUGGGAAAUGUUGCUUGGAUCACUGGUUAUGGCCAUCAUUCACAGAGAUACUGAACCCAGAGUUUUCUUUAACAUAGCCUUUACCCUGUAGAAACAUUUAAACUUCAUUUCAGAAGAGAAAUAUCUAUUUGAAAAAUAAUCUAAGUAAAUUCAUCAGAUGCUUUACCCCAGAGAGACUCUGGUCUUGGUAUUUUGGUUUUUGUUGUUGUUUGAGACGGAGUCUCGCUCUGUCGCCGAGGCUGGAGUGCAGUGGCGUGAUCUCGGCUCACUGCAACCUCCGCCUCCUGGGUUCAAGCAAUUCUCCUGCCUCAGCCUCCCGAAUAGCUGGGAUUGCAGGCGCCCGCCACCAGGCACGGCUAAUUUUUGUAUUUUUAGUAGAGACGGGUUUUCACCAUUUUGACCAGGCUGGUCUCCAACUCAGGUGAUCCGCCCGCCUCGGCCUCCCAAAGUGCUGAUACUACAGAUGUGAACCACCGCGCCCGGCCGGUAUUUUGUGAAGAACAAACUACAAGGUGACUACUAUUUUGGGGUCACCUUGACAUGGAGGAGAGGUGAAUGGAAAUAAAACUUAUUCUUCCCAGUGUCUUUAGAAUGUAGGCGCUGAAACUGAGUAAAACUGCCACCCAAUUUUCCUGGGAACAAGCGAUUCUGUAGUCAACAGAAGUUUGCUUUUUCAACAGCUGGAAACGCCAGGGUUGUGGCACAGCCUUAAGAACUGAGGCUGCCUUGUUUAGACUUUCACACGGUCCCUCUGUUCCUUCCACAGAGGCCUCUUUUUCUUCUACAUCCCGCAUCUGCCGCUUGGGACACUGAUUCUGUAGCGCAGCACCAAGUCUUCCAAAAAGGCGGCGCUGGUUUUGCGCUCCUUUUUUAAAGGGAUCUAGGCCGGCCUCUAUCUGAACUCUGUACGAUGUUUUUUGUUUGUUUUGUUUUGUUUUUGAGAUGGAAUUUCGCUCUCGUUGCCCAGGCUGGAGUGCAAUGGUGCGAUCUCGGCUCACGGCAACCUCCGCCUCCCGGAUUCAAGCGAUUCUCCUGCCUCAGCCUCCUGAAUAGCUGGGAUUAAAGGCAUGCGCCACCACUCCCGGCUAAUUUUGUAUUUUUAGUAGAGACGGGGUUUCUCCAUGUUGGACAGGCUGGUCUCGAACUCCCGACCUCAGGUGAUCCGCCCGCCUCGGCCUCCCAAAGUGCUGGGAUUACAGCCGUCAGCCACUGCGCCCGGCCAACUCUAAACAAUAUUUAUUGCUCUACUUUUUAGUGUCUGAAGAAGAAAGAAGAGGACAGGAAAGAAACUUCAAACUGAGGGUUGAGGACACGUCCCGGAGCAGAGAAGGACCAAGCUGCCAAGUCCCCCGUCACCUCGACACGCAGAUGGUUCGCCAGGACUGCGAAGAGGGGGGCAACCAGCGCCCCGCCCCGCCCCGCUGCGCCGCCCGCCAUUGGCCGGUCCGAAAGACGCGGGGCGUUGUCAGUUUGAAUGAGAGCGCCUGGAGCCGGGGCGCAGGCGCAGAGGAGGGCGGCGUUGAGGCCGACGGAGCGGUGGGACCCCUAGGUGGCGGAGGGACGCUCCGGCGAAGCGAGGGGCGCUACGAGCUCUGGCCCACGUGACCUGCCGGGGGCGGGAACAGGGGGCGCGCCGGCCUCUUGGGGUGCCCCUGCCUUGGGGAGGGGCCGUGACCACCCGCCUGUCGCCCGAGGCGGCCGCCGCUGCACCUUCACCGCGUACCCGGGACCCGCCCGCCCGCGGGAGAAACGUUGCUGAAGUGCUGCUGAAAGGGCCAGAGAUGCAAGGAUUUGGGACACAUUUUGAACCUUUAAGCUGUCUGACAUUGACUUCCUUUCAUUAUUAAUAAAGAAGAAGCAGGAGCUUAGGAUGUAUUAACACCAACUCAUUAAUAUACUAACCGGACAAUGUUCUACAAACAAUUCUACAUUGUAAAGGACUGGAUUGGCACAAAAUAAAAUAAUUUUAUUUUAUUCAGUUUAUAAUAUGACUCGAUGGAGGAAAAUUUGAUAAGCAUGAGGGAAGACCAUUCUUUUCAUGUUCGUUACAGAAUGGAAGCUUCUUGCCUAGAGCUGGCCUUGGAAGGGGAACGUCUAUGUAAAUCAGGAGACUGCCGCGCUGGCGUGUCAUUCUUUGAAGCUGCAGUUCAAGUUGGAACUGAAGACCUAAAAACACUUAGCGCUAUUUACAGCCAGUUGGGCAAUGCUUAUUUCUAUUUGCAUGAUUAUGCCAAAGCAUUAGAAUAUCACCAUCAUGAUUUAACUCUUGCAAGGACUAUUGGAGACCAGUUGGGGGAAGCGAAAGCUAGUGGUAAUCUGGGAAACACCUUAAAAGUUCUUGGGAAUUUUGAUGAAGCCAUAGUUUGUUGUCAGCGACACCUAGAUAUUUCCAGAGAGCUUAAUGACAAGGUGGGAGAAGCAAGAGCACUUUACAAUCUUGGGAAUGUGUAUCAUGCCAAAGGGAAAAGUUUUGGUUGCCCUGGUUCCCAGGAUGUAGGAGAAUUUCCAGAAGAAGUGAGAGAUGCUCUGCAGGCAGCCGUGGAUUUUUAUGAGGAAAACCUAUCAUUAGUGACGGCUUUGGGUGACCGAGCGGCACAAGGACGUGCCUUUGGAAAUCUUGGAAACACACAUUACCUCCUUGGCAACUUCAGGGAUGCAGUUAUAGCUCAUGAGCAGCGUCUCCUUAUUGCAAAAGAAUUUGGAGAUAAAGCGGCUGAAAGAAGAGCUUAUAGCAACCUUGGAAAUGCAUAUAUAUUUCUUGGUGAAUUUGAAACUGCCUCGGAAUACUACAAGAAGACACUACUGUUGGCUCGACAGCUUAAAGACCGAGCUGUAGAAGCACAGUCUUGUUACAGUCUUGGAAAUACAUAUACUUUACUUCAAGACUAUGAAAAGGCCAUUGAUUAUCAUCUGAAGCACUUAGCGAUUGCUCAAGAGCUGAAUGAUAGAAUUGGUGAAGGAAGAGCAUGUUGGAGCUUAGGAAAUGCAUACACAGCACUAGGAAAUCAUGAUCAAGCAAUGCAUUUUGCUGAAAAGCACUUGGAAAUUUCAAGAGAGGUUGGGGAUAAAAGUGGUGAACUAACAGCACGACUGAAUCUCUCAGACCUUCAAAUGGUUCUUGGUCUGAGCUACAGCACAAAUAACUCCAUAAUGUCUGAAAAUACUGAAAUUGAUAGCAGUUUGAAUGGUGUACGCCCCAAGUUGGGACGCCGGCACAGUAUGGAAAAUAUGGAACUUAUGAAGUUAACACCAGAAAAGGUACAGAACUGGAACAGUGAAAUUCUUGCUAAGCAAAAACCUCUUAUUGCCAAACCUUCUGCAAAGCUACUCUUUGUCAACAGACUGAAGGGGAAAAAAUACAAAACGAAUUCCUCCACUAAAGUUCUCCAAGAUGCCGGUAAUUCUAUUGACCACCGAAUUCCAAAUUCUCAGAGGAAAAUCAGUGCAGAUACUAUUGGAGACGAAGGGUUCUUUGACUUAUUAAGCCGAUUUCAAAGCAAUAGGAUGGAUGAUCAGAGAUGUUGCUUACAAGAAAAGAACUGCCAUACAGCUUCAACAACUUCUUCCACUCCCCCCAAAAUGAUGCUAAAAACACCAUCUGUUCCUGUGGUAUCCCCCAACACGGAUGAGUUUUUAGAUCUUCUUGCCAGCUCACAGAGUCGCCGUCUGGAUGACCAGAGGGCUAGUUUCAGUAAUUUGCCAGGGCUUCGUCUAACACAAAACAGCCAGUCGGUACUUAGCCACCUGAUGACUAAUGACAACAAAGAAGCUGAUGAAGAUUUCUUUGACAUCCUUGUAAAAUGUCAAGGAGCCAGAUUAGAUGAUCAAAGAUGUGCUCCACCACCUGCUACCACAAAGGGUCCGACAGUACCAGAUGAAGACUUUUUCAGCCUUAUUUUACGGUCCCAGGCAAAGAGAAUGGAUGAACAGAGAGUUCUUUUACAAAGAGAUCAAAACAGAGACACUGACAUUGGGCUAAAGGACUUUUUGCAAAGUAAUGCUUUGUUGGAGUUUAAAAAUUCAGAGAAAAAAUCAGCAGACCAUUAGUUACUAUGGAUAUACUUUUUUCCUUUCAAACACGGUAAGGAAACAACCUAUUACUUUUUUCCUUAAAAGGAGAAUUUAUAGCACUGUAAUACAGCUUAAAAUAUUUUUAGAAUGAUGUAAAUAGUUAACCUUCAGUAGUCUAUUAAGACAUUAAUACUUCUCUGGACACGUGCGUUUGAGGGUGGAGGUGUCCUGUAAGGUGCUUCUUCAUCUGUGAUUACUACUUGGGAUGUGUUCUUUGGCAGCUUGUUAGAUUACUUUACCUAGUGUUUGUAAAGUAGGAAGUUAAGUGAAUCACAGAUUAGAAUUUAAUCCUUUUAUGGAAAUAAUUUUUUAAAAUCUUGACAAUGGCUUUUUUUAUCCAUAACCAUGGAUGUAGUGGGAAACAAUGUUGUUUAGUAAAAAUAAUGUACUUGAUCAAUGUAAAAAAGUAUAUAAAAUAGUCUUAUUAAAAA